CGAGUACACCCCACGAUUAAAGCCAGAGCUCGCACGUGCCCCCAACGACUAAACAAGGAGGGUUGAAAUUAUUGAUUUGCGCAACGCGGUGAAACGCGGUGUGCAGUCGAACAAAAACACACACGGUACACCCUACAUUACUCGAAAGGUGUUUAAAAACGAACCAUAUCUUAUCGGAAAGUAUAUAUUUAGAAAAAAAACCGUUAAAAAACGUUAUUUUAAUCAUGUCUGAUAAAAGAGAUAGAGAUUACAUCGGUUUUGCAACAUUACCAGACCAAGUUCAUCGGAAAUCAGUUAAACGAGGAUUUGAUUUCACAUUGAUGGUCGUUGGAGAAUCCGGAUUGGGAAAAUCAACGUUAAUUAACAGUUUAUUUCUUGGGGAUUUAUAUAAAAACAGAAAAAUCUCCGAAGUUAACGAACGAAUUCAUAAAACUACAACAAUCGAGAAGAAAACGAUGGAAAUCGAGGAACGAGGAGUUAAACUACGGUUAACCGUGAUUGAUACACCUGGUUUCGGGGACGCUGUUAAUUGCGAGGAUAGCUGGAAAGUGUGCACAAGUUACAUCGACGAACAAUUUCGGCAAUACUUCACCGAUGAGAGCGGAUUAAAUCGUAGAAACAUCCAAGAUAACCGAGUACAUUGUUGUCUUUAUUUCGUCCCGCCGUGGGGGCACAGUUUAAGACAGAUGGAUCUAGAAUUAAUGAAACGACUCCAUAGGAAAGUGAAUCUCGUCGUUGUAAUCGCAAAAGCCGACACUUUAACAAGCUCCGAAGUUGCUAAAUUAAAAUCGAACAUUUUAAACGACAUCAAAGAUAACGAUAUUCAAAUGUACGAAUUUCCCGAGUGUGGGAGUGAUGAAGAUGAAGAUUUUAAAGAACAAGAUCGGGAGUUAAAAGCGAGCAUACCUUUCGCUGUCGUUGGAAGUAACGUUAUUUUGGAAGUUGCUGGAAGAAAAGUUCGAGGGAGACAAUAUCCGUGGGGUGUCGUCGAUGUUGAAAACCCAAAACAUAGCGAUUUUAUUAAAUUGAGAACGAUGUUGAUCUCGACGCAUAUGCAAGAUCUUAAGGAUGUAACGGAAGAUGUUCAUUACGAAAAUUUUAGGGCACAAUGUAUAUCGCAGAUUUCUCAACAUGCUCUUAGAGAAAGGGGGAAAUUAAAGAGAGAUUCAGUUCCGUAUGAUUCAGAUAUAUCGGAAACUGAUCGGCUGUUGAUCGAAAAGGAUAACGAGAUAAGGAGGAUGCAAGAUAUGCUGAGGCAGAUGCAAGAGAAGCUCAAAGAUUCCGCACAAGAUAAGAAACAUGACAGUAUUAUCGAUGUUUAAAUUAGUAAUAAUAAUAAUAAUGAAACGUU